AACAGAAAGAUCUCUCCGUUUUUAAAAAAACUUUUCGCCAUGGUUGUCCGAUCAAAACACAUAUCCACAUUCCUGUUAACCAUAUCCAUCAUAUCUCACGUCUCCCAACCUCUCCACUUCGAGCUAAAAUCAGGCAAAUCAAGAUGCAUCUCUGAGGACAUCAAAAGCAACGCGAUGACCGUCGGAAAGUACACCGUCUCCAACCCCAACGACCCUCACCCUUUCCCUCAGUCUCACAAGAUCAACAUAAGGGUGACGUCGAGUCACGGGAACACGUACCAUCACGCGGAGGAGGUGGACUCGGGGCAGUUCUCGUUCACGGCGGUGGAAGGCGGAGAUUACUCGGCGUGUUUCGCCGCCAGCGAUCAUAAGCCUGACGUGACGUUGAGUAUCGAUUUGGAGUGGGGAUCGGGUGUUCAUUACAAGAGCUUGGGGAGUUUGGCCAAGAAGAGCAAAGUCGAAGUUAUGGAGUUUGAAGUGAAGGCUUUGAUUGAAACCGUUAACUCGAUUCAUGAUGAGAUGUUUUAUCUUAGAGACAGGGAGGAAGAGAUGCAGGAUCUGAACAGGGCUACGAACUCGAAGAUGGCGUGGUUUGGUUUGCUCUCUCUGUUCGUGUGCUUAGGAGUUGCUGGGAUGCAGUUUCUGCACUUGAAGACGUUUUUUGAGAAGAAGAAAGUCAUCUAAGAUGAUUUUUAGAUGGAAUAAUUCCACUCUCUUUUUUCUUUGAUCAACACGAGGAAGAAUCUUUUUGUUCACCUGAGGUUUUGUACAUUUAGAUCUUUGUGGCUUGAGCAUGUGUCCUCUUGAAAAACUAAACGAAUGUGAAAAUGUAAUGCCAUUUUUGCAGUUUCUGUCAACAGAAAGAAU